AUUUUGGGACUGAGACUGGUUGUGGGGGAGGGAAAAGCGGCAAAAGGGGAUUAUUCAAAGUACCGAAAACCUUCUCCCGGGAUCGAACGCAGCGGCACCCCCAGGCCAGGGGCACCUCUGGUGUGGCAGAAGGUGAUUGAAUUACCCAUUUGUGAAGAUCAUCUUCUAGGUUUUGUGUUAAAAGGCCCCGGAUAUUUGAAGUGGCCAUUUUGGGAUUACAAUAUCUUUGGAUAAUUUUGCCCCAGAAGUUUAUUAAAAGUGGCAAGAAUCAUCUCUGAAGUGAAUUUAUAGUAGUGAACAGUUCUGCAAGCUACUUAAAGAGACCCAGUCAUUUCUUCAGUAUUUUGGUUCAAACGGAUUAUAUAACUGGUUAAAUUAUUUCAGCUGGUGGUAUUUUUUUUUUGCCCCUUCCCCCCACCCCCACCCUUCUCCUGUAGUUGGUGUUCUUCAGCCAAAACUGUAAGAUAUGUUUGAUUUGUGUACUAAGUAGUUUCGGCAGUUUCAAAUUACUGUUUAAGUACUGCUGAAGUUUCAUGGCAUUUUAUUUUUACCUUUAUUAAAAGUUUUAGGAAUUUUUGACCUCAGCUAUUUUCAUGUCACAAUGGGACAGCUUUUCUAAAUGAAGACGUUGAAAGAAUACAGAGUUUUUUUCCUUUUAUCUUUUAUUUACGUGGAAAUUUAAGAUGUUGCAGUUUUCCAGCAGCAUGGUAGUAUUGAGAUAGCUAUGUGUCUCUCUUUGUGUUGAUGUUUAGGAAUGUUCUUCAGAUGUGAAAUUUUCUUUUUGUUUUUGCUUUUUGGCUCAUAAAUUGGAUAUUUCAUCUGGAGUGGAUAAGUACAACAGUGACAAGUACAUGGAAUAAUAAAGAAGACUUUAAAAUCUUAAAUCCAAGGAACUUGGCUAAUUCUGGAGAUAGCCGUAUGAAAACUUUAAGACAGAAGUAUGGGUAGCUGACUUGAAGUAACUCUAUGUCAAAUAGUCAUAGGUUAAGUAUCUUCAAAGAACUUGGAUAUUAUUUCAGAGGAUACAAAAUAAAAAAACAAACUGGAAAACAUAAAGAUUACAGAGAAAAACCCAACACCUUCCUGUGCAGUCCUGUUGGAAUUUGUAAGUAUUAAAUGGGACUUGCCAUGAGGUGUUGAAGCCUUGUUUCACUGAGUUGGAGAGACUGGACCUAAAUGGCGCAGCAUGACUUUGCUCCAGCCUGGCUUAAUUUUCCUACUCCACCAUCAUCAACAAAGUCGUCACUGAAUUUUGAGAAGCAUUCUGAAAAUUUUUCAUGGACAGAAAAUCGUUACGAUGUGAAUCGUCGACGACACAACUCUUCAGAUGGCUUUGAUUCUGGUAUUGGACGUCCUAAUGGAGGUAACUUCGGAAGGAAAGAAAAAAAUGGAUGGCGGAUGCAUGGAAGAAAUGGUACUGAAAACAUAAAUCAUCGAGGGGGAUACCAUGGUGGAAGUUCUCGUUCUCGUAGCAGUAUUUUCCAUUCUGGGAAAAGCCAAGGACUACAUGAAAACAGCAUACCUGACAAUGAAGCAGGGAGGAAAGAAGACAAGAGAGAACGCAAACAGUUUGAGGCUGAGGAUUUUCCAUCUUUAAAUCCUGAAUAUGAAAGAGAACCAAAUCAGAAUAAAUCAUUAGCUGCAGGUGUAUGGGGCCUACACGCCCAGACACACACAUACCCAACCAAAAAAAUCUCCCAAGCUCCUCUCUUAGAAUAUCCUCCGAAUCCUAAAUCUAGAGCUCCAAGGAUGCUGGUCAUUAAGAAAGGUAAUACAAAAGACUUACAGCUAUCUGGAUUCCCAGUGGUAGGAAAUCUUCAGUCACAACCAGUUAAGAAUGGGACUGGUCCAAGUGUUUAUAAAGGCUUAGUCCCUAAACCUGCUGCUCCACCUACAAAACCUACUCAAUGGAAAAGCCAAACUAAAGAAAAUAAAGUUGGGACUUCUUUCCCUCAUGAGUCUACAUAUGGUGUUGGCAACUUCAAUGCUUUUAAAUCAACUGCCAAGAAUUUUAGCCCAUCAACAACUUCAGUGAAAGAGUGUAAUCGCUCAAAUUCCUCUUCACCUGUUGACAAACUUAAUCAGCAACCUCGUCUAACCAAACUGACACGUAUGCGCACUGAUAAGAAGAGUGAAUUUUUGAAAGCAUUGAAAAGGGAUAGAGUAGAAGAGGAACACGAAGAUGAAAGUCAUGCUGGCUCAGAGAAGGAUGACGACUCAUUUAAUUUGCAUAACAGCAAUACUACUCACCAAGAAAGGGAUAUAAACCGAAACUUCGAUGAAAAUGAAAUUCCACAAGAGAAUGGCAAUGCCUCAGUAAUCUCCCAGCAGAUCAUUCGGUCUUCAACCUUCCCACAAACUGAUGUUCUUUCAAGUUCGCUUGAGGCAGAACACCGAUUAUUAAAGGAGAUGGGCUGGCAAGAAGACAGUGAAAAUGAUGAAACGUGUGCUCCCUUAACUGAGGAUGAAAUGAGAGAAUUCCAGGUUAUUAGUGAACAGUUACAGAAGAAUGGUCUGAGGAAAAAUGGUAUUUUGAAAAAUGGCCUGAUCUGUGACUUCAAGUUUGGACCCUGGAAAAACAGCACUUUCAAACCCACUAUUGAGAAUGAUGACACAGAGACAAGUAGCAGUGACACAUCAGAUGAUGACGAUGUGUGAAGGAUUUCCUAACAGCUUUAGAAAUUUUAGUGUGAUACAUCUCUCAUGCAGUUUGGGGUGAAUUGUAAAAAUGAAGAACUAUAAUUUAUGUAGUAAAAUACCCCAUUAGAAGAUGAUUUUUUUGAGGGACUUCACUAUGAAGAAAACCAAGAAUGUUGUGUUGGGCUGUGUUGAACAUUAUUUCUUUGUAAAUGAAUGUUGUAGAAAUGAGGACUUUGGUUGAUCCAACAUUGACUAUCUUCAUCACUGCAGCAUUUCUCUGACUAGCAAUGUGACGAUGUAACAAAUGAGAUUUUCUCAUUUAAUAAUAAAAAAUUGUGUAAUGUUUUGCAAAGCUUCUGUC